AUGGUAAACGAGGCUCCUUUGUGGAAACAAGUACAGAGUUUUACUGGUCCAGUUCCCCGGGCCAGACAUGGGCACCGAGCGGUGGCUAUACGGGAGUUAAUAGUCGUGUUUGGCGGUGGAAACGAGGGUAUAGCGAAUAAUCUGCAUGUUUACAAUACAGUUUCCAGACAGUGGUUCCUUCCAGCUGUGAGAGGGGACAUCCCCCCUGGAUGUGCUGCACAUGGUUUGGUCUGUGAUGGCACACGAAUCUUGGUGUUUGGGGGAAUGGUGGAGUUUGGGCAAUACUGCAACAGCCUCUAUGAGCUGCAGGCCAGUCGUUGGCUCUGGAAGAAGCUGAAGCCCAGGCCGCCAAGGAAUGGUUCACCGCCUUGCCCCCGGCUAGGGCACAGCUUUACACUCCUUGGCAAUAAGUGUUAUCUGUUUGGAGGACUGGCCAAUGAUAGUGAGGACCCAAAUGGCAAUGUGCCACGAUACUUGGAUGAUUUCUAUGAGCUGGAGCUGCAGACACAGUCAGGAGUAAAAGGUUGGAGCAUUCCUGAAACUAAAGGUGCUGGUCCCUCACCCAGAGAGUCACACACAUGUGUGGCAUUCUGCGGAAAGAGCAGCAGCUCCCCGAAGCUUUACAUUUUUGGGGGUAUGUCUGGACAGAGACUAGCAGACCUUUGGCAGCUAGAUAUUGAGACUAUGACUUGGUCUACACCUCUAACCACCGGACCCAGGCCACUACCCAGAAGUCAGCACUCUUCCAGUGUGAUCAGAAACCAGAUGUAUGUGUUUGGUGGCUGGGUGCCUGCUGAGGAAACAGCUGGCAUACUAAAGAGUUCAGGGCCAGAAUGGGUCUGUACUAACUCCAUGUCCGUGCUAAACUUGGACACAAUGACUUGGCAUAGUCUAAAUCCUGAGGGCCAGCAGGAGCAGUCGGACUCAGUAGGAGAAGAGGAGGGCAGUAGUCAUUGGCCAAAGGCUAGGUCUGGUCAUUGCGCUGCAGUCGUUGGCUCACGUCUUUAUAUCUGGAGUGGACGCGAUGGCUUUAGAAAGAGCUGGAACUACCAAGUGUGCUUCAAAGACUUGUGCUACCUAGAAACAGAGAAACCGCCCACACCAGCUGCAGUUGGAUUGGUGAAGUCCACGAUCGAUAUGCUGCACGUAGCCUGGCGGCCUUUACCUACAGCUGAUUGCUAUCUGCUUCAGUUGCAAUAUGUUACUCCACGGACAGCCCCAUCCUCAUGUGAUUCACCAGCAAUCCCAACCUUACCAUUCAGUAUCACACAGGGAGAUGAGAAUCCACAGGAUCAUGUCCAUAAAGAGUCUGAAGUGUCUCGACAAUGUGGAAAUGAGGACCAAAGGAACUUAACACUACAGGAGAGGUCUAGGGGUGAAGCCAGGACAGGUUUCUGCUCCACCGAUAAGAGGGGCAAAGCAGAUUUGGAAUUCACAGCUUCUGUAAACACAGCAGAAUCUGACAGUGGCCGGAGUGACUGUGAUGCCCUGAGACCAGAGCAAAAUGGUACUAGAACUAAAAAACAAGAAGAUCUGCCCCACUCUGCACAGAGUGAGAUCGAAGUAUCUGCAUGGUUUGAUGUUGGCAUAUUUAAAACACUUUCCUGUGAGGUCACACACUACUAUCUACACUUUGAAGAUGGCAUCACUAAGUCCUCCAUGACCAAACAAAUCUCUGUUGACGAACAGUGGGAAAUGCCCGAACCUCACAUUUUCGAGGGCAUGGAAAAGCAGGAGCUUGCAUCUGGUAUAACAUACCGCUUUAGGCUGGCCGGCCUAAACAGCUGUGGCCAGGGAGACUUCAGUCCAGUCAGUGAGUUUAAGACCUGCCAGCCUGGAUUCCCUGGAGCUCCCUCUGCUGUCAAGAUAACCAAGGCAUCUGAUUCAGUACACAUCACAUGGGAACCGCCCACCUCUCCAUCAGGUAAGAUUCUGGAAUAUUCCUUGUACCUGGCAGUGAAGAAGACGCGGAGCAGUAGUGUGGAGAAGCCAGGUGAUCUGACCUUCAUACGAAUCUAUCGUGGCACCAAGACCUCAUGUACAGUAAAUGGCAACCAUCUGAGUAACGCACACAUCGACUGUUCAGCACGGCCCGCCGUCAUCUUCCGCAUAGCUGCCAAGAAUGAGCAAGGCUACGGGCCAGCAACUCAGAUCCGCUGGUUACAAGAAGGCAAACUCAAGUCCUCAGACCCGGAUCCAGAGUCCAGCCCCACAAAUCCUGAGCCAGAUGAUGGUAAUAGCUUAUGACGACAGCAGAGAAGCUGUUCUUGAUUGUCAGCUCUAUUGGCUUUUUGUGGAAAUGUUUUUGUACUUUUCAUUCAGUUUCUGUUGGUUUUUUAUGUUAAAUGUAUUUCUAUUAACUGUAAAUGAAAUGUUUUGUAACUUAUUUUUGACAAGAAACUUUUAUGUUAAAUGUACAAUAACGGUGUACAAAUUACUAUAGCAGAUUAACUACAGUUAACUACAGUUCUGGGCUUGUUUGGUGGAGGACGUAAUCAGCACAUCCGAAUCCUGGCUCGAUUGUGCAGUUGAAUUUUUUAAUCAUGUCUGCUGCAAGGAAAAUGGGGGAAACACUCAAACGUUAUAAUUUUUAGUAUUGUUUACUGCAUUGAAUCUUAGGCCUCAGAGGUGCACCACAGAUGUGUCCCAGAGUUUAAGUGUAAAAAAGGCCUAACAAUACAAGGCCUUACAUUGCAGCACAGCUGCUUUCAGUGGCAGGCAAGUUGAAAGUAAACUGCAGAACAGACUGUAGUUCAGUUCUUUGCGUUAGUGAAACUGGUUUAAUAUAGUAAAGCUGGUGUUAUUGGAGAUACAGUGGUGUUCAAAAAAAUAGCAGUCCAACAUCAUUAACCUGAUAAAUCACUGUUUUUAGUAGAAAUGCUAUUUCUACAUAUCAAAAAAUUUACUUGAAAGUGUAGUAGAGUAAUGAAAACAAAACCCAACAAUUAGAACAUGCAUGCCGCUCAUUCUGAAUAAUUGAAGCAUUGAUUGAAAGGGGGUUGUUCAAAAUAAUAGCAGCGAGGAGUUCAAUUGGUGAAGUUAUUCAUUCUGCAGAAGAAUGGGUGUCAGUUUUGGUCCUUAUUUAAGGUAGGAGGGUGGCAAAUGUUGCACAGGUUGGUCAUAGCACAUUUCCUUUUGAAAUACUGGGUAAAAUGGGUUGUUCCAGACAUUGUUCUGAUGAACAGCGUACUUUGAUUAAAAAGUUGAUUGUAGAGGGAAAAAACAUACAGAGAAGUGCAGCAAAUGAUAGGCUGCUCAGCUAAAAUGAUCUCAAAUGCCUUGAGGUGAAAACCAAAACCUGAAAGAUGCAGAGGGAAGUGUGGAACUACUGUUCGAUUUGCCAGAAUGGCAAAGGUUUAGCCAAUGAUCACCUCCAGAAAGAUCAAGGAACAUCUGAAGUUCCCAGUGAGUACAGAAGAUGAUUAAGUGAAGCCAAUUUACCAGCAAGAACUCCUUGCAAAGUCCCGUUGUUAAGAAAAAGACAUGACCUGAAUGGGUUCAAAUUUGCCAAGGAACACAUUGACUGGUCCAAAGAGAAAUGGUUCAACAUUUUGUGGACUGGUGAAAGCAAAAUUGUUCUUUUUGGGUCUAGUGGCCGUAGACAGUAUGUCAGACGACCCCUGAGCACUGAAUUCGAGCCAAAGUUCACUGUGAAGACAGUAAAGCAUGGUGGUACAAAAUGAUGAUAUGGGGACGUUUAUCAUACCAUGGUGUUACGCCUAGUUAUCACAUACGAGGGAUCAUGGAUCAGUUUAAAUAUAUCAGAAUAAUUGAGGAGAUUAUGUCGCCCUAUGUCGAAGAAGAAAUGUCUUUAAAAUGGGUGUUUCAACAUGACAAUGACCCAAAACAUCUUGGUUACAGACAAACAAGAUUGAGGUAAUAGAGUGACCAGCACAAUCUCCUGACUUCAAUCCCAGAGAGAACUUGUGGGCUGAUAUCUGAAACACGUUUUUUUGAGGCAAAACCCAAAAUUGCAGAACUGUGGAAUGUAGUCUAAUCAUCCUGGACUGGAAUACCUGUUCAGAGGUGCCAGAAGUUGAUCGACUCCAUGCAACACAGAUCUCGGAAACAAUUGUUAUGCCACUAAAUAUUAGUUCAGUAAUUUAAAGUAAAGUGCUGGCACUGCUAUUUUUUUGAACAGCCUAAUAUUCAUUUUUCUUAACUUUCUGUAAAGGAUUAACACAAACUGGCUAAAUGUUGUUAAUGUUUUGAUUUAGAAUUGAAAGUGUAGUAUUUUCAGUGCAUUUGCAUUCAUGGAAAUAAAAGUUAUUAUAAUGAUUUUGUGCUUUAUUCACUUUUUUAAAAUCACUGCUAUUUUUUUGAACACCACUGUAUUUGUAUUCGUUUUGGACAUGUAGAAAGCUUUAUUACGUUAUUUAACUUUGGUAUGGCCCCCUAAUUCCACAGUAAUUAUAACUUGCUACAUCUGGUUAGUUGGCUGCACCCAUUAAAAAGUACAUGGAACAUUGGUAUUUUUUGCCAGUGACAGAAUAAAAUCUCCAAUGUAAAAAAACACUCAAGUGAGCUUUAAAUUACCACUUGUUUAGAGGAUGCCAUGCAAGAUCGAACUGGAUAUGUACAGCACUAUGAAAAAGUAUUUAGCUCAUUUUUCCCCAAUGUCUUCUAUUUUUGCAUAUUUGUCACAUUUGUUUCAGAUCAUCAAACUACUUUAUUGUUAGACAAAGAAAACCAAAAUAAAAACUAAAAUGUACCAAUAAUGUACCAGAAAAGAAAGACACAGGGCAAAAAUGGUAUCCAAAGGAGAGAUGCAGGGUGCAAACCAUUGCUGACCAAAAGGCUUAUCUCAUGUUUGCCAAAAAACAUCUAGAUGACCCUCAAGACUUAGCAUGCCUGAUGAGUCAAAUGUGGAACUUUUUGGAGGACAUGGGUACUGUUACAUAUGGCAUAGGGUAAUUAUGCAUUCCAUCAUGAGAACAUCAUACCAGCAGUCAAACAUGGUGGUGGUUGUGUAAUGAUCUGGUGGUUGCUUUGCUUUGUCAUAAUUGAUGGAACCAUAAAUUAUGCUCUCCGUCAGAAUAUCCUGAAUGUCUGCCAGCAAUUUGUGACCUGAAGCUCAAGUGCAUUUGGGUUAUUGCAUUAGGACAUUUAUUCCUAACACAACCAAUUCCAUGUUUGAAUGGCUCAAAAGAAACAAAUUUAAGGUUCUGGAAUUGCCAAGUUGCCUUCUGCCAGUGUGAAUUCAGAGAAACAUUUGUAUAAAGGGCAAAGCCAAAAACCAAUACUGAAAUGCCCAUGACCUUUGAUACCACAUUAUAUUAAAAACCAGAUCUCAGGAACCGUCAUCAGUAAGCACAGGUCAAGUUUAUGCUUAGACUAUCAACAUUCAGAGGCAUUGCCAUUUUAUUCAGCCCGAAACUCAUGUGAUAUGGACCGACACUUUCAUUUACAUUUUGACUACUUUUUAGACUACUUCUAAAUUGAGUUUGUAUAUAUUGUCAUUGGAGCAAACGCUACUAAAAUGAUUGACCGUGUACCACACCAUGAUUCUUUUUCAGUUUGUCCUCCCAGUCUGUAACUUGUUUAGCUAUCUGUAUUAUAUAUGGUUUUAUUUAGACUGACAGUGUAGAAAUUCCACAUGUGGCUGUUCAACUAGAAAUUCAAAUGUCUUAGAAUCUAUUCAUUUACAAAUGAUAUGAAAUUAAAAAUGUUUUUAACACCUUCA